GAUUUAAUUGGAAAACACUUUAAAUUUAUUGAAAAAUAUUCUAAAUUCACACAUUGGCCUAAAUUAAUAUACUACCUAUAAUUAUUGCGUUUGGGAGAAGAAGUGAUGGUAUUUCAGUUGUUGUAGGAUUAAUGUCUGCUCACGAAAAAAACGAUAAUAACGGUUUUCCAAUUGUUUGUCACUUGAAGUCUCAUGUGGUGCUUGGUUCUCUGCCUCUUUUGCACCUCCGCCACUUUCAUCACCUCAAUAUGCAAAAAAGGAGAAAAAUAAUCGUUCCAAACAAGUAAAUUUCUUAGCUAACAAAUGAAAAAUCCUGAAUUUUACUUGGAAAAUUUCAGUAGGGGAACGACGAAGAAAUAGCAUGGACAUUUUUCGUGUUAUGAUCAAAACAUAUCUUUUUUGCAUCGUGUUCUUGAUCAAUCACCCUGUGACGAUAAUUUCGGUAUCGCAUACUGAGGCCUUGUUGAAGCUGAAACAAUCGUUUACAAAUGCACAAUCAUUGGAUUCUUGGAGACCUGGAACUGAUCCCUGUGACAAAAAUAUUCGUUGGUUGGGUGUUGUUUGUCAGAAACAAGUUGUUAAAGGACUUCUUCUUGUAGGAACGAAUUUAUCCGGAAAUAUAGACGUUGGAGCUUUAUCACAAUUGACUGGUUUGCGAACACUUAGUUUCCAAUCCAAUGCAUUUUCCGGACCAAUUCCUGAAUUCAAUCGAAUGGGUGCUUUGAAAGGCCUUUAUUUAUCACAAAAUCAUUUUUCUGGUGUAAUUCCAUCGAAUUACUUCGAAAAAAUGCAGUCAUUGAAGAAGUUAUGGCUUUCUGGCAACAAAUUCAGUGGUGAAAUUCCAUCAUCUGUAAUGCACCUAACCCAUAUUAUUGAAUUGCACCUGGAAAAUAAUCAGUUUUCAGGUCGAAUACCAUCGUUGAACCAGUCGACGUUGCUCUCACUCAAUGUUUCUAGCAAUAACUUGACAGGGGAAAUCCCUGUUACCUUAUCACGAUUCAAUCAGAGUUCAUUUAAGGGCAAUUCCGAGCUUUGCGGAGAGAAAUUAGGUAACGCUUGUACUCAUGUAACAAAUAACAGCACCACAAACAAUGGAACUCAUAAAAGUUCGGAUAGUGAUCCGAAUAAACACAUCUCAAUGUGGAUAAUGAUAGCAUCAAUUGUUCUGUUAGUGAUCAUGAUCAUAAUAAUAUACAUCAUGUGCCGUUACCAACAAAAGCGCCGUGCAGCAUUGGAAAGUUUUGAGGAACCAUCACUCGGGAGGCGACUUUCCAGUGAUACCAAGAAAUCAUUCGAGUUAAGCAGACGUGGCAGCUCAAUUAGGAACUCAAUUAGGAAAGGGUCGAUGACUGGAAAACGCGUAAGUGAUUUGACGAUGGUGAAUGAUUAUAAAGGUGAGUUUGGUUUAGCAGAUUUGAUGAAAGCUGCUGCAGAGGUGUUAGGGAAUGGGCCAUUGGGUUCUUCUUAUAAGGCCAUGAUGGCAAAUGGAUUGACAGUUGUGGUAAAAAGGAUCAAAGAAAUGAACAAGAUUGGAAAAGAUGGUUUUGAUGCAGAGAUUAAACGUUUAGGAAGACUGAGACAUAAAAAUAUUUUGACACUUUUGGCUUACCAUCAUCGCAAAGAAGAGAAGUUGUUUGUAUAUGAGUACAUUCCUAAAGGAAGCUUGUUGUACCUACUGCACGGCGAUAGAGGGAUACCCCAUGCUGAGCUCACCUGGCCAGUGCGUCUAAAAAUUUUACUAGGAGUAGCCGAAGGACUAAACUAUCUGCACACUGAGCUUGCUACUUCUGAUUUGCCCCAUGGCGAUGUGAAAUCGAGCAAUAUACUCAUAAACACAAACCACGAGCCGUUACUUACAGGCUACGGAUUCUACCCCUUAAUGAACAACUCACAUGCAGCUCAAGCGCUACUGGCGUUCAAGUCACCAGAGGCACUACAAAGUAACCAAGUUACACCCAAAUGCGACGUUUAUUGCCUUGGACUUGUAAUUCUCGAGGUAGUAACAGGGAAGUUCCCGGCUCAAUAUCUUAAUACCGGCAAAGGAGGGAUUGACAUCGCACAAUGGGUGAAAACCGCGGUUGCUGAGGGAAGAGAAGCUGAAUUAUAUGAUCCAGAUGUACUACCAAGUGCCAAAGAUUCAAUGAGCUCAAUGAAGGAACUAGUUCACAUUGGUGCAGCAUGUGUAGAGGAUCAUCCACAGCAGAGGAUAAGUAUUAGAGAAGUCGUUAGGAGGAUUGAAGAAAUACAACAACAAAACGGAGGAAGUACUAGUCGAGGCCAAAAAGGACCAACAACUACGCCUCAGUCUCAAUCGGGACAAACAAUUGAGAUAAUGCCGUCUGCAACAGAUGAAGGUCCUGAAAUACAAGUGUUGCAAUCCCAACAAGGAAGAUCAAAUAAUUAACAACUUUAGCGACUCGCUCAUGCAUGUAAUCUAAGGCGCGGUUAUUGUUGCAGUUUCUCCUAUGGUCAUCAGACUAAUCAUAGUUUUUCUUUUUUGUUUGUAAGGUUCGUCAACUUGGGAUAGUACAUAUAUUGCUGACUAAAUUUUUGUUUCGUUUUGCAUA